AUGACCCUCACAGCUCCCCUUAUCACUGUCUUUGGCGCAACCGGUAACCAAGGCGGUGCCGUCGCCCGCUCGCUGCUACAGAACCCAUCCUUCAAGGUUCGAGCUCUGACGCGCAAUCCCAGCUCACCGGCAAGCCAGGCGUUGGCUACACAGGGAGUUGAGGUCCGUCAGGCUGAUGGCUUCAGCAGUGAGUCAAUGGUGAGCGCCUUCUCUGGGUCAUGGGGUGCGUUUGUGAAUAUCAACUCUGAUGACAAGGCCUUCAAACAAGGCGGCCCGACCGAGUUCGACAUGGGCAAGACCAUCGUGGAUGCGGCUGCACAGGCCGGAGUCAGCCACUUCAUCUUCAGCACUGGUCCCGACUGCCUCACGCUUACGGGGGGUAAGGUUAGAAUGAAUGCGGCAGACAUGAAGUACAAAAUCGAACAAUACGCCCGGCAGAUCUCCUGCUUCGAAACCGUCAGCUUUAUCUGCGCCUCAUGGUUUUUCGAGAACUUCCUCAUCAAAGAACUCGCCCCCAUCUUCGGCGGAUUUCCCUUUAUCCCCGACACAGAUGGCUACCUCACGCUCAUCGCGCCGAAGUGGGGCGGCAAGGAAGACGUCCCCUUCAUCGCCAUGUCCGACGACUUUGGCGACAUCGUCCAGGGCAUGUUUCUUGAUCCCGAAGCAGUCAAGGGCCAGGUCGUCCACGGAUGCAGCGACAUCUGCAGCUUUGAUCAGCUGGUGGGCGCGUUUGAGGAAGUUAGCGGGUGUAGAGCGCGCUUUAGGCCGCUGCCGAGUUGGGAGGCAUUUGAUACGCAUGGGGUCCCCGAGUUGGAUGAUACAAAGGCCAUGUUUGCGUUUACGCAGAAUAAUGCGGGGAAGUACUUUGGGCCUGAGCUGUCGGAGAAGGAGACGGCGGGGAGGCUUAAGCUUAAGACUUCUGUGGCGUUGGGGAGGCCCAAGGGGGAGCAGCAGCUGAUGAGUAUUGAGCGAUGGUGUCGAAAGCACUUUUCUUUGCGGUAA